CAACAAACUCAUCGACAUGGCCUGCAAGCUGAUCGUCCUCGCCGCCUUCGUGGCCGUGGCCCGUGCCGGCUACCUGGGAGCCCCUGCGGUGGUCGCCCCCGGCGCUCCUCUGGCUGCCCGCGCCUACGCCGCCCCCGUGGCGUACGCCGCCCCCACUCUCCGUGCUGCCCCCGUGGCCUAUGCCGCCCCUGCCCUGCGCGCCGCCCCCCUUGCCGUCGCCCCCGCCGUGAGGGCCGCCCCCGUCGCCGUCGCCGCCCCCGCCGCAGUGGCCGCCGAGUACGACCCCAACCCCCAGUACAGCUACGCCUACAAUGUGCAGGACGCCCUCACCGGUGACUCCAAGACCCAGCAGGAGAGCCGCAACGGUGACGUCGUCCAGGGCAGCUACAGCCUGGUCGAGCCCGACGGUUCCAUCCGCACCGUCGACUACACCGCCGACCCCGUCAACGGCUUCAACGCCGUCGUGCACAAGGAGGCCGGCGCCCACCCCGCCCCCGUCGUCGCCAAGGUGGCCGCCCCCGUCGCAUACGCCGCCCCCGCCUACGGCAAGGCUAUCCUGGGCUAAACUGCAAUAGGAGUUCAACCGAAGAUGACUCAGAGGGGAAAGAAUCUGUCCUAGCCCACUGUCUGAAGUUUACAACUGGCAUUCGAAAACUGUGGCUACAGACAAAACCUGUAUACACAGCUUUCGUUCGAGCUAUCUAGCGAAGAGGCCUGUACACAAUUCAAACUCGGCUUCUUCGCAAUAUCAGUUCGUUUAUGUCCAGUUGUUGAUCCUGUCUGCACAUUCCUCCACUCCUUAUUGACUGUUUCCAUCAGUUUCGUCGACAACAUCAAUAGUUAUCUUCCACAUACCUAGCCACUAUUUAUUGCAUGCAAAUACAUUUUGUACAGAAUAUUUAAG